AUGAAAAGCCUCUUCCGUAGGAGUGUGAGAAAUCCUGAAAGUAUCUCGGCAGUGAUGCCCAAUCAUCAGGGUCAUCAGAAUUUCAAUAACAGUAGUAGUAGUAGUAACAUCAGUACUAUUUCGUCGCCCAAUUCUACAGGCUUACCAGGAUCAAAUUCUUCAUCAUCAUCAUCACCAGGAUUAUCAUUUUCAUUUCUUUUACCGACUGCGGAAAAUUUAGCAAGAGAACCACCCUGUGGGCAUGAGUUAUUGGAAUAUUCAAAUGGUGAUAUGUACGAUGGAGAGGUAAACUUGAAAGGGCAACGACACGGGUCAAGCAAUUGUUGGUUUUCGGAAUAUGCUGAAAGAGAUUAUCCACCAAAUUACAAUACAUCACAACCUGCUAUAAAGCAGUUUACCGGUAAAUGGUUUUCUAAUUUGCCAUGUAUUGAUACACCUGCUGUGAUCCAAUACAGCAAUGGAGAUCGAUACUGUGGUGCUGUAAUGGCAUUCACAGAAGAGCUUUUGGAUGACUCAAAUGUACUAUCAGAAUAUUACAAUCGUAAAACUGUGAGCUCACCUUCCUCGAGUGCGUCUCCUCUACAGUCAUCUAACACCAGUACAAAUAAUUCAAAUUCCUCUAAUUCAAAGAAAAAGAAGUCCCCUUUCUCAUUUAACAGUACAAGUGAAGCAAAUAAUAUUUUCGGUAACAUACCAUCAGGAGAAGAGGGCUUACCAUUCAUCAUGAAGCACGGAGAGGGAGAGUUACAUUAUGCAAACGGAUCAAAAUAUAAUGGAAGUUUCUUGAGAGACAUGCGUGAAGGAUUUGGAGUGAUGAUAGACAUGAAAAAUGAAACUGAAUAUUACGGAAAUUGGAAAGACAAUGAAAAGAAGGUUUCGGUACCAUGA